AUGACACGCCUGCAGUACUGGAAGAUCAUCAACAUCGACAAGAGACACACUAUCGAGUUUGAUUCUCUUAGGCUAAGCGACAUUCUCUUCUCGCAUGAACCAACCCGGCUCGUCUGGGCGUUGGCAAGGCCCCGCAAGUUCAAACCAUACCAGCGCUCACUCAAACGAGGCCACAGUACGGACCCGCACGACCUCGGCGCGCUCAACCUGCCCUUCGACAUCCUCGAGCGCAUAUUCCAGCAGUUCAAUUACGACGACAUCGCCGAUGCUGUCUUCCUCGCGCUCACCAACUCGUUCUUGCGCGACGUCGGUCAGAACCGCGUAUGCGAAUUGCUGCGCAUAGAGUACUCUUGCCCUUGGCACCUCGCGCGUAUCGCCUGCGUGGGCAACCGCCUCGCUGGCGACGAUUUUCCCCCCGGCGUCAAGGAACGCGAGAAGGCGCAACUCGGAGGCCGCGCAUACGACCGAUUCCUCGGGGCCAACGUUCCUCGGCUGUUCAUAGCAGAACACGCCUUGGCUGACAAGAGGUUUCGUGGCUAUUUGGGCAAAAUAUUCAGUCCGCGCAAAACGAAGUUCCUGUCCCCUGCAGAGCGGCGUGAGAUGGACAGCCUGUUGCAGCCCGAUUUCUCCUGGGAUGGGAGGCCAGAGACCGAGUGGAUCCUCUGCAACUGGACGGAGGCUAAGUACGUGCGUGCCAGCGGUGUCGCCAGGCUCACGGAUUCGCGCUGUGACGGUCCGUGGACGGAUGGCAUGCUGAGCCUUGGGCACGUCCUCCUCACCCAAAUUUGUUGGUCGUCCGAACGCUCGGGCGCAAUAGAUGACAAGAGAGGCCUCAACAUUCACCGUGGCCCCUGGGCUGGACACUACAUUUCGAUCACCACCGUGGAUCAGCUGACAGAGAACGUGUCCUACAAUUGCAAGCAGUACGUGGAUGUCACAGACAAGAUCCUGGCUGAAGUCUCCGAGCUAUGGAGAGAUAAUGACAUGGAUGUACUGGAGUGCGCGGCGGAGUCGUCAGAGUCGGACGACAAUGAAGAGACAUUCCAGGAGUAUACAUACUCGGAUGAUGAACUAUAUCAGACGAUGCAGAGCAGCAUUUGA